UAUAAACCCACCCUUCCUCCCUCCAUCCAAAUCCUAUCCCAUCAUCCAACAAUCCACACACAACAACACCUUCCCAUCAAACCCACUCAAAUCACUACUAUUACCAGAAAUGCAUCUCACCACCAAAUCCCUCCUCUCCUUCCUCCUCCCCCUCCUCCCCCUAACCGCCGCCACGGGCUCCGCCAUCGUGCAAAACAACUGCACCUCCCCCAUCUACCUCUGGUCCGUGGGCGGCUCCGUCAGCAGCAUGCAAACCAUCGACCCGGGCUCCAGCUACAGUGAGGCCUUCUACUACGAUUCGACCUCCGGUGGCGUCGCCCUGAAGAUCACCACCACGGAGAACGGUCUGUACAGCGGCGCUCCGCAGACGGAUUACGCCUACACUUUGGAUACCUCCUCGGGCAACGUGUUUUAUGAUAUCUCGGAUGUCUAUGGCGAUCCGUUCUCGGGCAGUGUCGUUAGUCUCGUCUCGAGUGAUGCUAGCUGCCAGAGUGUUUGUUGGGCUGGGGGUGUGCCCCCUGCUGGAAGUGUCGUGAGGAGUUGUCAGGAUGAGGCGGAUGAGAUCUUGACGGUUUGUGCAGAUAGUUGUUAGAGUUGGCUGAGUAUUGUUGGGUUGGGGGUUUAAAGUGAUGUUGUUAUUUGUGUUGACUUGGGGAUGGAAUUCAUUGAUUGAUUAAUUGAUUGUGGGAUAUCUGGAGGAGUGUGUGUAGAUAUGUCACUAGCUGAAUUGAUUGAUUGUAUGCCAUGUCAUGAUCACGGAGAUUAGUAUAGAGUAGGGCAAGAUUUUAUUACAUGAUAGUAGUUUGUUUCAUUGGAAA